CCUCAUCUGUCUAAGAAACCCAAAGCAAACCAGACUCCCAGCGCCAUGGCUUGCUGUGUCCCCUGCGGCUGCAGCGUUCCCUCUGGCCCUGCCACCACCAUCUGCUCCUCAGACAAGUCCUGCCGCUGCGGGGUCUGCCUGCCCAGCACCUGCCCACACACCAUCUGGCAGCUCGAGCCCACCUGCUGUGACACCUGCCCCCCACCCUGCCACAUUCCUCAGCCCUGUGUGCCCACCUGCUUCCUGUUGAACUCCAGCCAGCCAACACCAGGCCUGGAGAACAUCAACCUCACCACCUUCAUCCAGCCCCAGACCUGCUGCGAUCCCUGCCUGCUCCGCGGCUGCUGAUCUUCAAGGGGCCAGACAAGACGACCUCUAGUCAGUAUUCACUUGCCACAGGAGGUUAAGGUAGACCAGAUGGCCUAGGCUUGGGACCCUUACCUUUGUCUCCAAUGGAAAGAAAACCAAGAUAUUCCUCCAUGAUUAUUUAAAGACUGAAUAAUAAUUUGGUUCAUUUGGGCAGGUGAACAUCUUCUAUUAUUAACAUGCUAUGAAAAUCUUUACAACUUCAGACUAUGUUUUCUUGGUGAUGUUGCC